CGCUACUGUACUCUAUCUCCAUUCCUCCCAUCUGGCGGACUGACUGGCACAUCGCACCCGACUCUCUGGCUUCCCUGAGCGGUCUGCCUCCACACAGAACCCCGGCAGCAUGCUGAAUCCUAGAGGGAUGGAGCCAGACCCGUCCUUGGAGACAUGCACUCAGAGCAGAGCAGAGGGAGAGGGAGAGAGAACAGAGACCAGAGAGGGACCCACCAGGAGCCCCAGCCCCCUGUCCCCCAAUAGGUCUUCAGCUGCUCACAACCUUACUACUCCCCCUAAACUCACCCCUACUCCCCCUAAACUGAAUCCCCCCCGCCCUUCUAAACUCACCCUCACCUCCUCUGCUAGUACACUCACCCUCACUCCCUCUGCUAGUACACUCACCCUCACUCCCUCUGCUAGUACACUCACCCUCACCUCUACAUGCACACCUCUUCCUCCUCUACACCUACCCCCAAUCCCUUUAAACUGAACCCAACCCCUCACCUCCCCCUACUCUCACUCAUAAAACCCUCACUACCCUCACCCCUAUGGUACUCAACCCCACCCCAACAUGUACACCUACUUCCCCCUCACUUACUCCCAACCCCGUCACCCCUACAAUACUCAUCCCCAACCCUACUCCCCCACACUUACACCCUCUCUACCUACACCCACACAUGCCCCCACUAAAGUCACUCACAAACCUGUUCCUUUCCCCCUCACUCCCCCCACCAUCCACUUUACAUCCCCUCUACUCACUCCCUCCCGCUCCUCCCCCACUGUAUCAGCCAUCACUUCUCUGCCCCCCUCCUCUGUAAACCAUGGCAACAUGUCUUCUGCUCCCGGGACUUCCUCCUUGACCAAUGGUAACGCAAGGCCAGUCCCCACACCCACCUCUCUACCAAUCACGCCUUUCCAUACCCCGGCCAGCAGACAGAUACAUUUCCCUCGCCCCCUGGAUACACCCACUCUGGUGCAAGCCUAUCAGAGCACCUCGUCUGUCAGACAGAGGGUAUCCCAGCAGGCGUUGCUCCUAGGUCGGACUUCUUGUUCCAGCCAAGACCAGAUGCUGCUCAGGACCCAGAUGCUCCAGAGUCUAACCCUGCCACCCCUCUGCUCCUGGAACUCUUACAAUCCCCCUUCUUUACGUCUCAAACCUCCCUCUUCCUCCUCCCACUCUCCUAUCUCUCGUCCCCACCUGUCACAGAGCUGCCCUGAGACCUUCAGUCUAUUGGAGCGCAAGCCUUGGUCACAGAGGGUCUGGCCAGAGGGCGGAGCGUGUCUUCCUCACCUGGUGGAGGGCUUCAUCAUACAGGAGGGGCUGCAGCAAACCACACUAGGUCCCAGAGAGAGACAUAGGGGAGUGUUACAUUGCGAGUCUUGUGGGAAGAGAGGCCACGCCCACUCCUUCCAUCGCUCCAAGCGAUACUGCUCCACUUCCUGUGCCCGCAGGUAUAAUGUAGGGCUGUCCAAGCGUCUGCGUGCCCUGAGUGCUGGCAGCCAGCCAGAGGGGCGACGCUCUGAGAUAAACAAGGUGGAGUCUGUGCCUGGGAAGCCUCUCUUACUGCGACUGCCCCGUGAAAUAUGGAGCGCCCAUCGCCGUGACAACGAAGAGGAGGAGGGGUAUGCUGUUCCCACGGCAGCCAGGCUGGAGCGCCGAGCGGCACGGAGGGCGAGGAGGGCCUCAGAGCCAGCGAUGACCCCUGGUAACUCCACUGUGACCUCUAGUGACUCCCUACCUGCACAGUGGAGCGUCGAGCAAGUCUGGGACUUUAUACACACACUGCCAGGUUGUGUCGAGGUUGCGGAGGCGUUCCGUGUUCAGGAGAUAGACGGCCAGGCUCUGCUACUGCUCACGGAGGACCACCUGAUGACCAGCAUGAACAUCAAAUUGGGACCAGCUCUCAAGAUCUGUGCCCACAUCAACACACUCAGACACAGAUAGAGAGGGAGGAGGAGAGAUGAGAGAAGGAGGUGAGGUGGGAGGAAGAGAAGAUGGAGACAGAAAAAAGGUUAAGAGGGCUGGGUGUGGAAAAAGAUAGGGAAAAAGAGUGAUUGAUUGAUGGGGAAGAGAGAGGGGAUGAGAGAGAGAGAGGUGAGGAACAAAGGACAGCGAAGAUGAGAGAUAAAGAGAAUAAUUCAAGAGAUUAAGAGCUAAGAGUGAAUCAGUGAGAGAGGAGAGGGACCUUUUCUAUUCUAUUGUGUCUGUGUACAUAUUUUACAAUGCCGUCUAUUGGGUGUAACAAACGAUUUCAUUAAGGAUUUGUAACAUACAUUAUCAUGUAUUUGUGUAUUUGGUUAUUAUUUUAAAAUGUGGCAUCACAUGUAAAUUGUAAAAUACUUUUUGAUUUUACACAGUUGAUACACAGACAUUUUCAAAUAACUUUGUGGAAUUUAAUGUCUUAACUAAAUCAAUGAUUAUGUUUUUAUAUAUGAUCUCUUCUGAGAAAAGUUCGAUCUUAUUUGACUCCUAACCAUGUCAAUUUUGUCAGAUGUCAUAAUGUUUUAUUUUAUUCUGCCUCUUAAAACUCAGUAAUAAAUCAAAUUAAUUUAUGAACAUUGUUUUACUGCCUAGGUAUUGGUAUUGGUAUUAUGAUAUUUAGUAGUUAGCUAAAUGACCCACUACUACCUCCUGCCACCAGAUGGAGGUGAGGGGUCACGUUUACUAGUAGAGAGAAGGCAGCUGCAAUAUUCUCUCAACUCAUGGAAACAAUGAUCAAGGGAAAUUCUAUAUGAAUGACAUAAAAAGCAAUGUAUCAUAUUUAUAUUGGUAUCACUGAUGCUUCUCUGGACCACAAUGUCUAAGUUCAUACAUGAAAAACCUUCUAAAGCAGCACAGACCUAUUAUUGCUGAAUCAAUCCGUGUUUAUGCGAAACCAAUCAGGAACCAGUGGCAAUUUCAACACUGCUGAAAUGGGUUUUAACAGUUUAGCUGUCUCUUCUUGAAAAACAUGUGGAAAAAAUGAUUUAACCUUUAAUUCCUAUUACUAACAACUCAAAUAAGAACUAAUAGAUGUGUUUUUUUCAACUUGAUGUUUUUUUUUUAAAUAACAGAGUACUAACUACCAGGCGGUUGAGAAGUCAAAAGGUCAUACAAGCAAUGCCAUAUUAGAAUGGCAAUUUGCAUAGCAUUUUUUACUCAUUAGAACAAUAUUGCAAAAAUGACUUUAGGUCUGCUUCAAUGGCUUUUUAUAGGUAGGUAAGCAUUGUUAAAUAAGGACUGAUGUUUAGCAAAUUAGGGUAAUUUUGUAUGUCCGAACAUAUUCAAUUAUCCGCUAUUUCUAUGCUUCCUGUUCUAACAGUUUGUUUUUGCUCCUUUUGCUUUGUUUUGUACCCCAACUUUAAACAGCUGAAAAUACAAUAUUUUUAUGGAGAA